GGUGUUUUUGUGAUACCCGAUCCGCCAUUAACCAAACAAGGUGGCCUAAGGCGGCCAAUAUUCAGAACCUAUGAGCUUUAUGCUAGUCAGCGGAGAUAUCGGCUUUAACCCACUAUUUUAGGAGCACGCGUUUCGUCCGCCGUCUUACUUUUGACCUUCCACUUUCUACGUGAGCCGGCGUUAUAUCCAAGUCAACCCUUCGAACAAUCCUUACGAUGAGAGUUAUCCUCACCGGUGUAACCGGCCAGAUCGGCCAAGAGCUUCUUACCCAGUGCUUAGCAAAUCCAUCCAUUACCUCCAUCAUCGCUCUCACCCGCCGCGACCUCUCUACCACCCACCCAAAGCUUAGAACCUACAAAAUGACAGAGUCCGACUUUAUCUCCUACUCAAACCCGGACCUCGUCCAAGAUUUAAGAUCUGCAUCCGCCUGUCUCUGGACAAUCGGCCUGACUCCAUCUAAGGCGCGGAGGGCAGACGACGAGCUGAAGAGGAGGGUUUCGCUCGAUUAUCUCUCCGCGGCAGCAACGGCCUUUACGAAGGAUCUCCAGCCGAACUCUGCACGCAAGUUCAGAUUUAUUUUCGUCAGUGGUGCAGUCGUCGAGCGGGAUCAGAAAAAAGCGCUCUGGUAUUGGGGCGAUUUCAGACGACUGAGGGGAGAAUCAGAAAAUAUCCUCAUCCGCCACGAAGAGAAAAAUCCUGACGUCUUCGAAGUACAUGUCAUGCGUCCAGGGCCGGUUCCGACAAUGGCUGGGACGCUUCAUGAUCGACUUUUGGGGCUGGCGACUUCGCUUCGGACAGAUAUUCUGGCCAAGGCGAUGAUCGAGCUUGCACUGCACGGAAGCGUAGAUAGCGAGCGGAUCUACGGGAAUAGCCGCAUCGUUGAGCUGGGGAGGAAAUAGGCUGAACUGGACUGGCCAGCUGAAGCAGAGAAAUAUGGAGUUGGCUUGGAGAAAGAUGCAGGACAUUUGUACGCCACAACUCGGACCCAACCGGUCAAUUUCUCCCCACUCUCGAAGUACGAAUAAACAAUUCUGAAGCUUGA